AUGGCUGUCGGAAAGAACAAGAGAUUGUCGAAGGGCAAGAAGGGUCUCAAGAAGAAGACCCAGGACCCCUUCGCCCGCAAGGACUGGUACGGAAUCAAGGCUCCGGCGCCUUUUAACAUCAGGGAUGUCGGCAAGACCCUUGUCAACAGGAGCAGUGGUAUGAAGAACGCCAACGAUGCGCUGAAGGGCCGCAUCUUCGAGGUCUCACUCGCCGACCUCCAGAAGGACGAGGACCACGCAUUCCGCAAGAUCAAGCUCCGGGUCGACGAGGUCCAGGGCAAGAACUGCCUGACCAACUUCCACGGUCUUGACUUCACCAGCGACAAGCUGAGGUCGCUUGUCCGCAAGUGGCAAUCCCUGAUCGAGGCCAACGUCACGGUCAAGACCACCGACGACUACCUCCUCCGCCUUUUCGCCAUUGCUUUCACCAAGCGCCGCCCCAACCAGAUCAAGAAGACCACCUACGCCGCCAGCUCUCAGAUCCGUGCCAUCAGGAGGAAGAUGACCGAGAUCAUCCAGCGCGAGGCAUCUACCUGCACUCUGCAGCAGCUUACCAACAAGCUGAUCCCCGAGGUCAUUGGCCGCGAGAUUGAGAAGGCCACCCAGGGCAUUUACCCCCUGCAGAACGUGCACAUCCGCAAGGUUAAGCUGCUGAAGCAGCCCAAGUUCGACCUUGGUGGCCUCCUGGCCCUGCACGGCGAGUCGACGACAGACGAGCAAGGCCAGAAGGUUGAGAGGGAGUUCAAGGAGCGCGUUCUCGAGGAGGUUUAA